AUGUCCACGCACAGCUCCCACGGGGACGAAGAGAUCGAUCGUGAGCCCGAGCCAUCCAUCUCCGAAGGCGGGGAAGACGUGGAGCAUGAGGUGGAGGUGCCAAACGACCCUGCAAUCCAACCGGCAACGACUCAUCACGCGCCGACCAAGAUAAAUCUCAAGCUCAUCACGAUGGAGCCCUUCACGGGCGAGGUCCGAGACGGAUAUUUUGAUGCGGGCGCACACGAGUGGUUUGAACGACUUCAAGCGCAAAUUGAGGACGCAGAGAACCUGAAUGGACUCUCGUGGUCCGAGCCGCUGAAGUGCAGUGUGCUGACGUCUCGUCUCGUCGGGGCAGCCGGGACCUGGCGUAUCCGUAAUCGCGGCACGCUCCCCAAGAACUCAUUCCGAGACUUGGGCCACGCGUUCCUCCAGAAGUUCCGCAGUCGCCUCUCCGUGCAACGUCUCUCCAUUCUACUAGCCGGUGCUACCAAGCUGCCACUGGAGUCAUACGACGAAUACGCGCAUCGCUUGUCGCAAAUUGCCACUGGUCUGAAUCAAGGUCGCGUGAGCAACUACACCGAGCAACAAGCACUGAGCACAUUCGUGAACUUGGCAUAUCCCCGUUACCGUGACACACUUCUCACUCAAGUCAACGCAACGACGGACGCAUGA